UCCGCUACUAGUCACCCACUCCUUCAGCGCUGUCAGGGAUUCCCCACUCUUUUCCCCGUCACACCGGGUGUUUCACCGCGCGUGCUAGACCCAAGCAGGCCAAUUUCUUCGGACAAAUUCCCCCAUCACGUAGCCCUGUUCACCCUAAACUGCGCAAUUUCGCGGCGGGCAGAGUGUCUUGUACAUAUACAGGAGAAAAUUUCCCCGCCUGGUCCACACGUUCAAAUCGAGGACUGUCCGAGAUGAGCAUGUGGAAAAAAAAAGGAGGUAGAGAAUUAUCUAUAUAGCCUGCAUUUCUCGAUUGCUGUCUCCCUUUUUUUUCCGUGACUGGUGACGAGGUGGACCUGAAACCCCGACUCGAUAAUACCAAUCGCUAUAUGAUCCCAUUGCGUCGACGAACGCUAUGUUGCUCCUCACGGCUUUCUUGCUUGCUGCUCAGCUGCUUUCGCCAGCAUCAGCCGCUCUAAGUAUCCACGGCGCGGAUAUCUCGUCUCUGAUUGUAGAGGAAAAUGCGGGAAUCUCGUAUAAGAAUACUGCUGGCACGAAGCAGGCGUUGGAGGUGAUACUGGCGGAUGCGGGGAUUAAUUCUGUGCGCCAGCGUGUGUGGGUUAAUCCGAGUGAUGGGUCGUACGAUCUGGACUAUAAUAUCAAGUUGGCCAAGAGAGUGCAGGCGCAGGGGAUGACGACGUAUCUGGACCUGCAUUUGAGUGAUACCUGGGCGGAUCCGAGUGAUCAGACCACCCCGUCUGGCUGGUCCACGACCAAUAUCGACACACUGGCUUGGCAGCUAUACAACUACACCAAGGAGGUAUGCGACACCUUUGCGGAGAACGGCCUCACCGUCGAUAUCGUCUCGAUCGGUAACGAGAUCCGCGCCGGUUUACUCUGGCCCCUCGGCACAACCAGCAGCUACUACAAUAUCGGCCGACUCCUGCACUCCGGCGCCUGGGGCGUCAAGGACUCCAGUCUCGCGACCACCCCCAAGAUUAUGAUCCACCUAGACAACGGCUGGUCCUGGUCCGAGCAGCAGUACUUCUACAAUACCGUUCUGAAUAGCGGAUCGACCUUUGUCUCAACAGACUUUGACUAUAUCGGCGUCUCCUACUAUCCCUUCUACGGCUCGAGCGCGACCCUGGCAUCCCUGAAGACCAGUUUGACAAACCUGCACUCGACGUAUGGCAAGGACGUCCUGGUGGUCGAGACCGAUUGGCCAUAUUCGUGCCCGAGCCCGGCCUACGCGUUCCCGUCGGAUCUCUCGUCGAUUCCGUUCUCCGUUGCGGGACAGCAGACCUUUUUGAAGGAUCUGGCGGCUGUCGUUGAGGCUGUUUCGGGGGGGUUGGGUAUUUAUUAUUGGGAGCCGGCGUGGGUGAAUAAUGCUGGGUUGGGUAGCAGUUGUGCGGAUAAUUUGUUGUUUAGUUACACCAAUGACGUGGAGCGGGCGAGUCUGGCGACGCUGGGUACAGUCUAGGUUGGAUCUUACGGCUAGAUGCGAGAUAUCACCAUGAGGGAGUCCCAAGAAUUGGGCCUGCGAGUGAAUAGGCUUGGAAAUUACGGUCUGGUCACCUGACCGAAUUGAAGAUUGUCCUGUCUAUUGUGAGAAUGGAAGCAUAUCGAGGUAGAUUGGAAUGUAUCACUUGAGUUCAAAGGCAGCAACAUUCCUCAGAUUAAAAUAAGUUUAAAUCAUCGGAUAUUUUUGGAGUUUGAGGCUUAGCUAACUACCAGGCGUCAACAUCGUCAGGACCCGGACGGACCAGGUCCCCGGAAGAUCUUUCAAGUACAGACUGAAAGUACGAAGUAUACGUCAGUAAGGCAGAGUCGUUUGGGAAAUCCGCCUUGCCCUAAUGCCAGCGAAUCACGCUUUCCAACGGUCCGAGCUUUGGAAUUGGAAAACGCAAGAGACCAACUGAAAGGACGGACCGUGGAACUCAGCUGCGUGGCUGUGCAAACAUAAGCUAAAGUCCCCCGCUGCGUUAGCUGGACGUGGAUGCUCCACCAUAAAAACGAGGGAACGAUUGGUAACCGUCGAUUCGUCAC